AUGGAACACCCAGAUUCUUUACCCAAGUGCCAAUGUGGACUUACAGUUGUAACCUAUACUAGUAGACAGCGAGGAUCCGAAGGCCGCCAAUUUUAUCGGUGCCCAAAACCUAUAGGGGAAGCUAACCGAUGCAAAUAUUUCGAGUGGAUUGAACCCAGCCAACCUAGCAGCAGCAGUCAAGGAUUGCCUCCCACUCCGAAAUCAGAGCCACCUACUUCACAAGGCCGCACUCUUCAGCCUCCUUCGACACCGACUCCUAUGUCAUCAGCGAAGAGGUCUUUUUCAACUUUGGAUGAAUUUGCCGACCCACAGCCAUCUCCAGCAAGUCAGAAACGGGCCAAGACCAUGGAAUCUGCUCUCACUGCUCAACAUGAUGAGUUCGAUGCCAUCCUUGAUGAGCGUGAGCACAUUGAACAUCCCGUUGCUUCCUGGCCUCCUCAAACCCCCAAAAGAACGUCUCAGAGACCAGCCAAUGCCGGAGGUUUGCUUCCGACUCCUUCUCCGAUGGUCUAUGGUAAAUUCCAGCCGUCAGUGCCAGGUCCAUCUGGCGGCUCUAGCGGAAGGCAACCGAUAACACCCGGGAACAUGCCCUUCAGCUCCCAAGAGACCCUUGAUGGUGAAGACCAGGAGGAGCUGAGCGCCGACUUGAUCGCGAAGUUGGUUCAGCCCCUCGGAGACAUCCCAGCGUAUAUACGCAAACUCGAGAGGAAGAAGGUUGCGGCUGAGAAGAGCCGUGACAUAAAGGCGGCGAAGAUCGUGGAUCUGGAGAAGGAGGUUGAACGAUUGAAAGCGAGAGAAAAGGAGUUGGAAAAUCUUGUCGAGAUGCUGGAGAAGGAUGCACAGUACUUGGGAUGUGCGAAGCGAUCUAGCGAUAGGCAGUGUACUUUCGAAGUCUGGCUCGAGGGCAAUGCUACCGAACACGAACUUCCCCCAACUCCCCAGGCUUCCGGCUCGAUGCCUGCCUCGAGCCAGAGCUAUUUACAACCACCAUCAACUCCAACACCAUCCUCAAAACGCGUUUCUUCGGUGAUCGACGAACAGGAACUAGAACUUACGCCGUCCCAGAAGCGACUGAAGAUCAUCCAGGCUGCCCUAAGAGGGCCGCCUUGUCCCGAACCUACCAAUCGAGCAACCACGCCUGUCCUGAUCUCGUCUCCCGUUCUCCCAGACGAUGUCGCGACGCUAGGACUGGCUACAUCCGUUCAGGCUCCCGAGACAAGUUCCCAAGCUAGUCGCGCUCAGUCGCGCUCUCCGGCUCCCGGUGGUUCUGCUGGCUUUCAUGGACCCGUGGCCGGCGAUCUUGUAGAUAUUUUCGGGAUCGAAAGUUUGCCUCAUACCCCGAGAACGGGUCCUCAAGAGACCCUUUUCCGACCGCCGCCUUCCCCAUCUCCGUCACCUUACACCAGCUUGAAGGGGAAACAGAGGGCGUAUGAUAACGUCGGCACCUCCGGGCCAUCUGGAAGCGUAAGCACGCCAUUAUAUAGCGGAUCAUCUAACGGAGUAAUCGGAGGGCUCUCAGCUGGGUCAAUCGCUGAUAUGCUCGUCACCAUGAAUGGCAUACCAGAUUAUAUUCGCGGACUUCAGGUCAGGGCCGCCAAUGCUGAGCGAGAAAAUGAGCUGAAGACUCUGCGGCUUAGGCAUCUUGAGAACGAAGUUGAGAGAUUGAAGGCCAAACAGGAAGAACUGGAGGAAAUCAUAGGAUUUUAUCAGUCUUCCCAAGUCCACCACCCCUUCACCCACACGCAGUGA